CCGGGAUCGGGACCGGGGCAAACACCGGGAUCCGCCGCCAGGAAUCCGGGAGCGGGAGGGGCCGGCACCGGGCAUGGCCCUGCCGGGGAGCUGAGCGCAGGCUGGGAAGGUGACGCAGGAGCUGCCACAAGGUCCACAAGCAAAGGCCAAGGGAUUCCUGGGGCGGAUCCAACCGGGAGCAGCGUCCCAGUAAGAUGGAGAAGGAGGAGGAGACGCGGGAGAUCCUGCUCCCCAACUGGCAGGGCAGCGGCUCCCAUGGCAUCACCAUCGACCAGACCGAUGACGGGGUCUUCAUCAAGCGGGUGCAGCAGAACUCGCCGGCCGCCAGGAUGGGCGUCGUGAGGGAAGGGGACCAGAUCGUGAGCGCCACGGUCUACUUUGACAACCUGCAGUCGGGGGAGGUGGCCCAGCUCCUCACCACCAUGGGCCACCACACGGUGGGCUUGCGCCUGCAGCGGCGAGGGGACAAGUCCCCGGUACCGGGACAGACUUGGUCCCAGGACGUGUUCACGGGUGGCAGCAGCCCUGAGGUUGUGCUGAGUGGAGAUGAUGAGGAAUACAGGCGGAUCUACACCACGAAGAUCAAGCCACGGCUCAAGUCGGAGGAGGUGCUGGAGGUGGAAGGUGCUGGGGUGCAGAGCAGCACCAUCACCGUCACCAAGAGGGUGACAGCCUACACCGUCGAUGUCACCCGCCACGACGGGGCCAAAGGCGUUGAUGUCGUCGGGACAGACUUCAAGGUCCGCAUCCCGACCCAGGAGCUCGCCCAUGGGAUGGAAACCAGCGUUGAUCCAGGGAAAAGCAUCCCGGAUGCUCCAGGCCCAGCGGCUGGACCUUGUGCCCCAAAGCCCGGGAUAACGGUGUCGGGAUCGAUGGAUGUUCCCACUAUGGAAACUGGAAGCCCUAUUGUGGUGGAGGUGCCGGUACCCGAUGGCUCCGGCUCGCUGCCGGUGGGGCCCCCCGGUGGCUCCAUCUCCAUUGGACAAACGGGAUCCUUGGAUGCAGGUUUCCAUAUCAAGGGACCCCGGUUGGAUGGGAAAGGCCCCGGUUCCAGCAUGGAUGCUCAAGGGGAGCUGCUGGGGGGGAUGCUCUCAAACGCUGCUGCUGCUGCCCCUUGCGUGCAGGGGGGGAUCCAAGCUCCUGGUGUGGACGUUUCCUUCCCAGCCAUGGAAAACCCGGCUCUGGAUGUGGGAAAAAUCCAGAUUCCUGUGUUGAAAAUGCCCAAAUUUGGGUUCCCGGUUGCAGGCUCCGGUGCUCCGGCACCACCAGCUCCAGUCAUGGACAUUCCCUCCUCCUCCAUCCAAGGACCUGAAAUUCCAGCUCCUUCCAUUGAAAUCCCAUCCCCGCAGGUGGAUGUGGGGGGGCUGAAGGGAGCACUGAAAGGCCCCAGUGUGGAGCUUCCAGCAUCCAACGCGGACGUUCCCGGUGCCAAAGGGAAGCUCCAGAUGCCAACCGUGACCCUCCCGAAGGGUCCUGCUGUGGAAGUGGCGCUCCCGAAGGUGGAUGUCGGCAUUCCCGAAGCGGCCGUGGAAGGGGAAUGGAAGGGCCCCAAGUUCAAGAAGGUGGAAACCCCUCAGAUCUCCCUCUCGGAUGUGAACCUGCAGCUGAAAGGCCCCCAUGCAAAGGGAGAUGCCGGUGUCACCGUGCCCAGGGUGGAAGGAGAAGUCAAAGGACUCGGCUCCAAGGGUCUCAAGGUGGAUGUGAAGGCUCCUGGGGUUGAGUUUGGAAGCCCAGAGGGGCUCCUGAAAGGCCCCAGUGUAUCCCCACCAGACCUGGACCUCCAUGGGAAGGGCCCUAAGCUCAAAGGAGACCUGGAUGUUGCUGUCCCGAAGCUGGGCGCUGACCUGAAAGGACCCCAGCUCGACAUCGGUGGCCCCAAGGUGGGAAUGGGCGUUCCUGAUGUCAGUGUUAAAGGCCCCAAAGUCGCGAUGCCGGAGAUGCACGUGAAGACCCCGCAGAUCUCCAUGCCUGACAUCGACCUCAACCUGAAAGGUCCCAAAGGGAAGGGAGACCUCGAUGUUUCUGUCCCUAAACUGGAAGGGGAGCUCAAAGCCCCUGGGCUCGACAUCAAAGGCCCCAAGGUUGAUAUUGAAGCCCCAGAUGUGGACGUUCAUGGUCCUGAAGGCAAACUGAAGAUGCCCAAGCUGAAGAUGCCCAAGUUCGGGGUGAAGGGAGAGGUCCCCGAUGUGGCCGUGACCCUGCCCAAGGGCGAGGUGGACAUCUCUGGUCCCAGGGUUGACAUUGAUGUACCCAGUGUGGACAUCAAAGGGAUGGAAGGGAAACUGAAGGGCCCCGAGGUGAGGAUGCCUGAGAUGCACAUCACAGCCCCAGAGGUCUCAGUGCCAGACAUGGACCUGAACCUGAAGGGCCCCAAGGUGAAGAGUGGUGUGGAGGUCUCCAUCCCCACAGUAGGAGCUGAUCUGAAGGGUCCAGAACUAGAGCUCAGAGGCCCCAAGGUUGACAUUGAAGCCCCAGAUGUGGACAUUCAUGGUCCUGAAGGCAAACUGAAGAUGCCCAAGCUGAAGAUGCCCAAGUUUGGGAUGAAGGGAGAGGCCCCCGACGUUGAUGUGAUGCUCCCAAAGGGUAAAGUCGACAUCUCUGGUCCUGGUGUUGAUGUUGAUGUGCCCAGUGUGGACAUCAAAGGGCCAGAAGGGAAACUGAGGGGCCCCAAGGUGAAGAUGCCUGACGUGAGCUUCAAGACCCCGCAGAUCUCCAUGCCUGACAUCGACCUCAACCUGAAAGGUCCCAAAGUGAAGGGAGACCUCGAUGUUUCUGUCCCUAAACUGGAAGGGGAGCUCAAAGCCCCUGGGCUCGACAUCAAAGGCCCCAAGGUUGAUAUUGAAGCCCCAGACGUGGACGUUCAUGGUCCUGAAGGCAAACUGAAGAUGCCCAAGCUGAAGAUGCCCAAGUUUGGGGUGAAGGGAGAGGUCCCCGAUGUGGCCGUGACCCUGCCCAAGGGCGAGGUGGACAUCUCUGGUCCCAGGGUUGACAUUGAUGUGCCCAAUGUGGACAUCAAAGGGCCAGAAGGGAAAGGCCUCACACUGAAAAUGCCCGAACUGAACGUCCAAACCCCCAAACUGUCCAUGCCGGAUGUAGAUGUCAGCUUGAAAGGCCCCAAAAUAGACGUGGAAGCUCCCAAAGUGGACGUUGAGAUGCCCGACGUGGACUUGGAAUGUCCAGAAGGGAAAAUAAAAGGCCCCAAAUUCAAGAUGCCCAAGCUCAAUAUCAAGACGCCGAAGAUCUCGAUGCCCGAUGUGGAUCUGAACUUGAAGGGGCACAAAGUGAAAGGAGAGGUGGACGUUGCUCUUCCAAAGGUAGAAGGUGACCUGAAAGAACCUGGUGUUACCAUCAAAGGGCCUCAAUUCCAUGUGUCUGCUCCGAAGAUUGAGGGACCCGAUGUGGACAUCACCGUGCCAAAAGGAGACAUAGAAGUUUCGGGGCCAGAGGUAGAUCUUGAAGGGCAGGAGCUGGAUGUUGGAGGAGCAGAAGGGAAAUGGAAGGGCCCCAAGUUCAGGAUGCCGAAGCUGAAUAUCAAGACCCCCAAAAUCUCCAUGCCUGAUGUAGAUUUGAACCUGAAGGGACACAAGGUGAAAGGAGAGAUGGACGUCGCGGCUCCGAAGAUAGAAGGUGAAUUGAAAGGUCCAGAAAUAGACAUCAAGGGGCCUAAAGUUGAUGUUGAGGCACCCAACAUUGAUCUGGAGUGCCCUGAGGGGAAGCUGAAGGGUCCCAAGUUCAAGAUGCCCGAGAUGCACAUCAAGGCUCCCAAGAUCUCCAUGCCUGACGUUGACUUCAACCUGAAAGGACCCAGUGUGAAAGGGGACAUGGAAGUCUCAGCUCCCAAGCUUGAAGGUGAACUGAAGGCUCCCGAUGUGGACAUCAAGGGCCCCAAAGUGGACAUUGAGGCCCCAGACGUGAACAUUCAAGGCCCAGAAGGGAAGUUCAAGAUGCCCAAGUUCAAGAUGCCCAAGUUUGGGAUGCCCGGAUUCAAAGCAGAAGGUCCAGAGGUGGACGUGAACCUCCCAAAGGGAGAUAUUGAUGUUUCUGGCCCAAAGGUGGACAUUGAAGGUCCAGAGGUUGACAUUGAAGGUCCCGAGGGGAAAGUAAAAGGCCCCAAGUUCAAGAUGCCUGAGAUGCACAUCAAGGCUCCCAAGAUCUCCAUGCCUGACAUUGACUUGAACCUGAAAGGUCCCAAAGUGAAGGGAGAUGUGGACGUCUCUCUACCCAAGGUAGAAGGUGAAUUGAAGGGCCCAGAAAUAGACAUCAAAGGUCCCAAAGUUGACGUUGACCUUCCCGAUGUUGAACUGGAAGGUCCUGAAGGGAAACUGAAGGGCCCCAAGUUCAAGAUGCCUGAGAUGCACAUCAAGGCUCCCAAGAUCUCCAUGCCCGACAUUGACUUGAACCUGAAAGGUCCCAAAGUGAAGGGAGAUGUGGAUGUGUCUCUACCCAAGGUCGAGGGUGACUUAAAGGGUCCAGAAUUGAAUAUCAAAGGUCCCAAAGUUGAUGUUGACCUUCCUGAUGUAGAGCUGGAAGGUCCCGAGGGGAAACUGAAGGGCCCCAAGUUCAAGAUGCCCGAGAUGCACAUCAAGGCUCCCAAGAUCUCCAUGCCUGACGUUGACUUCAACCUGAAGGGGCCCAAGCUAAAGGGAGAUGUGGACGUUUCACUUCCCAAGCUCGAGGGUGACCUGAAGGCUCCCGAUGUGGACAUCAAGGGCCCCAAAGUGGACAUUGAGGCCCCAGAUGUGAACAUUCAAGGCCCAGAAGGGAAGUUCAAGAUGCCCAAGUUCAAGAUGCCCAAGUUCGGGAUGCCGGGAUUCAAAGCAGAAGGCCCAGAGGUGGACGUGAACCUCCCAAAGGGAGAUAUUGAUGUUUCUGUCCCAAAGGUGGAUGUUGAGAUGCCAAGUGUGGACAUUGAAGGUCCCGAGGGGAAGCUGAAGGGCCCCAAGUUCAAGAUGCCUGAGAUGCACAUCAAGGCUCCCAAGAUCUCCAUGCCCGACAUUGACUUGAACCUGAAGGGGCCCAAAGUGAAGGGAGAUGUGGAUGUGUCUCUACCCAAGGUAGAAGGUGAAUUGAAGGGUCCCGAAAUAGAUAUCAAAGGUCCCAAAGUUGAUGUUGACCUUCCUGAUGUAGAGCUGGAAGGUCCCGAGGGGAAGCUGAAGGGCCCCAAGUUCAAGAUGCCCGAGAUGCACAUCAAGGCUCCCAAGUUCUCCAUGCCUGACGUUGACUUCAACCUGAAGGGACCCAAGCUAAAGGGAGAUGUGGAUGUGUCUGUCCCCAAGCUUGAGGGUGAACUGAAGGCUCCCGAUGUGGACAUCAAGGGUCCCAGCGUGGACAUUGAGGCCCCAGACGUGAACAUUCAAGGCCCAGAAGGGAAGUUCAAGAUGCCCAAGUUCAAGAUGCCCAAGUUUGGGAUGCCGGGAUUCAAAGCAGAAGGUCCAGAGGUGGAUGUGAACCUCCCAAAGGGAGAUAUUGAUGUUUCUGGCCCAAAGGUGGAUGUUGAGAUGCCAAGUGUGGACAUUGAAGGUCCUGAAGGGAAGCUGAAGGGCCCCAAGUUCAAGAUGCCCGAGAUGCACAUCAAGGCUCCCAAGAUCUCCAUGCCUGACAUUGACUUGAACCUGAAAGGUCCCAAAGUGAAGGGAGAUGUGGACGUGUCUGUGCCAAAACUGGAGGGUGAAUUAAAGGGUCCUGAAAUAGAUAUCCAAGGUCCCAAAGUUGAUGUUGACCUUCCUGAUGUUGAACUGGAAGGUCCCGAGGGGAAGCUGAAGGGCCCCAAGUUCAAGAUGCCCGAGAUGCACAUCAAGGCUCCCAAGAUCUCCAUGCCCGAUGUUGACUUCAAUCUGAAGGGCCCCAAGCUAAAGGGCGACGUAGAUGUGUCUGUCCCUAAGGUAGAGGGUGAUGUGAAGGUUCCUGAUGUUGAUAUCAAGGGCCCCAAAGUGGACAUUGAGGGUCCUGAUGUCAAUAUUCAAGGCCCAGAAGGGAAGUUCAAGAUGCCCAAGUUCAAGAUGCCCAAGUUCGGGAUGCCGGGAUUCAAAGCAGAAGGUCCAGAGGUGGACGUGAACCUCCCAAAGGGAGAUAUUGAUGUUUCUGCUCCAAAGGUGGACAUUGAAGGUCCAGAGCUGGACAUUGAAGGUCCUGAGGGGAAGCUGAAGGGCCCCAAGUUCAAGAUGCCCGAGAUGCACAUCAAGGCUCCCAAGUUCUCCAUGCCUGACGUUGACUUCAAUCUGAAGGGGCCCAAAGUGAAGGGAGACGUGGACGUGUCUGUCCCCAAGCUCAAGGGUGACCUGAAGGCUCCUGAUGUGGACCUCAAGGGCCCCAAAGUGGACAUUGAGGCCCCAGACGUAGACAUUCAUGGCCCUGAAGGUAAAAUCAAGAUGCCCAAGUUCAAGAUGCCCAAGUUUGGGUUGUCUGGAUUGAAAGGAGAAGGCCCAGAUCUUGACGUCAACCUUCCUGAGGCCGAUGUUGCUGUUUCGGGUCCCAAGGUUGAUGUUACUGUUCCUGACCUGGACAUUGAAGGGCCAGAAGGGAAACUGAAGGGCCCUAAACUGAAGAAGCCUGAGAUGGGCUUCAACGUUCCCAAAAUCUCCAUGCCUGACAUUGACUUACAUCUGAAAGGUCCCAAAUUUAAAGGUGACGUUGAUCCUUCUCUUCCUAAAGUAGAGGCUGAGCUGAAGAGCCCCAAGCUGGACAUCAAAGGGCCAGAGGUUGAAGUUGAGGGACCAAAGCUUGAUCUAGAAGGAAAAGGGAAAAAAUCCAGGUUUAAACUCCCCAAAUUUGGCUUUUCUGGCCCCAAAGUGCAAAGCCCUGAGGUGGACCUGAAAAUGAAGAAACCUGAGGCUGAGCUGUCUGGCCCCAAAGUUGAUGUUGCUGCUCCAGAGGUGGAUAUUCAGGCAAAAUCAAAGGGCUCCAAGUUCAAAAUGCCUUUUCUGACCAUUUCCUCCCCCAAAGUCUCGAUGCCAGAUGUGGAGCUCAACCUAAAAGGGCAUAAAGUGAAAGGGGACUUGGAUGUUUCCAGCCCCAAGUUGGAAGGGGAACUGAAAGGGCCUGAUUUGGACAUCAAAGGCCCCAAAGUCAACAUUGAGGCACCCGAUGUGGAUGUUCAUGGACCAGAGGGAAAACUCAAGAUGCCCAAGUUCAAGAUGCCCAAGUUUGGGAUGUCAGGGUUUAAAGCAGAGGGACCCGAGGUGGACCUCAGCAUUCCCAAAGCAGAGGUGGAUGUUUCAGGUCCCAAGCUGGAUAUCGAAGGUGCUGGCUUGGAAAUAGAAGGUCCAGAGGGGAAGCUGAAGGGCCCCCACUUGAAGAUGCCAGAAGUGAGCAUCCAAGCACCCAAGAUCUCCAUGCCUGACAUCGACCUGAACCUGAAAGGUCCCAAAGUGAAGGGAGAUGUGGACGUGUCUCUUCCUCAAGUGGAUCUGAAAGGCUCAGAUGUGACUGUGAAAGGACCCAAAGUGGAUGUCGAGGUUCCUGACCUUGACAUUGAGGGUCCCAAAGGCAAAUUGAAAGGCCCCAAAUUUAAAAUGCCUGAAAUGAAUAUCAAAGCUCCCCAUAUUUCCAUGCCAGAUUUGGACUUGAAUUUGAAAGGUCCCAAGUCCAAAGGGGGGGUAGACAUCGACCUUUCCAUGCCGAAACUGGAAGGGGACUUGAGCGUUCCAGACGUUAACAUCCAGGGACCAAAGGUUGACAUUGAUGCUCCCGAACUGGAUGUUGAAGGAAAACUAAAAGGUCCCAAGUUCAAGAUGCCCGAGAUGCACAUCAAGACUCCCAAGAUCUCCAUGCCUGAUGCCAGCUUCAACCUCAAAGGUCCAAGCCUAAAGGGAGACGUAGAUGUUUCUGCUCCAAAGCUAGAAGGUGAUCUGAAGGCUCCUGACAUCAGCAUUGGAGGCCCCAAGGUCGACAUUGAGGUGCCAGACGUGAACAUUCAAGGCCCAGAAGGGAAGUUCAAGAUGCCCAAGUUCAAGAUGCCCAAGUUCGGGAUGCCAGGAUUCAAAGCAGAAGGUCCAGAGGUGGAUGUGAACCUCCCAAAGGGAGAUAUUGAUUUUUCUGCUCCAAAGGUGGACAUUGAAGGUCCAGAGGUGGACAUUGAAGGUCCUGAAGGGAAAUUGAAAGGCCCCAAGUUCAAGAUGCCUGAGAUGCACAUCAAGGCACCCAAGAUCUCCAUGCCUGACAUUGACUUGAACCUGAAAGGUCCCAAAGUGAAGGGAGAUGUGGAUGUGUCUCUUCCCAAGGUAGAAGGUGAAUUGAAAGGUCCGGAACUGGAUAUCAAAGGACCCAAAGUGGACAUAGAUGUUCCUGAUGUGGACAUUGAAGGACCAGAAGGAAAACUGAAAGGUCCCAAACUGAAGAUGCCCGAGAUGCAUUUUAAGGCCCCCAAGAUCUCGAUGCCAGACUUUGACCUGAACCUGAAAGGCCCGAAAGUGAAGGGGGACGUGGACGUGUCUGUGCCGUGCGUGGAAGGUGACCUGAAAGGCCCCAAAGUGGAUGUUAAGGGUCCUGAGCUGGACAUUGGUGCCCCGGAUGUUCAAAUCGAGGGCCCAGAGGGGAAACUGAAGGGUCCCAAGUUCAAGAUGCCCGAGAUGCAUUUCAAAGCCCCCAAGAUCUCGAUGCCGGACUUUGACCUGAACCUGAAAAGUCCCAAAGUGAAGGGGGACGUGGAUGUGUCUGUGCCAAAGCUGGAGGGCGAUUUGAAAGGCCCCGAUGUUGACAUCAAAGGCCCUAAAUUGGACGUUGACCUUCCUGAUGUUGAGCUGGAAGGUCCUGAAGGGAAACUGAAGGGCCCCAAGUUCAAGAUGCCCGAGAUGCACAUCAAGGCUCCCAAGAUCUCCAUGCCCGACAUUGACUUGAACCUGAAGGGCCCCAAAGUGAAGGGAGAUGUGGAGGUGUCUCUACCCAAGGUAGAAGGUGAAUUGAAGGCACCUGAAAUAGACAUCAAAGGUCCCAAAGUUGACGUUGACCUUCCCGAUGUUGAACUGGAAGGUCCCGAGGGGAAGCUGAAGGGCCCCAAGUUCAAGAUGCCCGAGAUGCACAUCAAGGCUCCCAAGAUCUCCAUGCCUGACGUUGACUUCAACCUGAAGGGACCCAAGCUAAAGGGCGACGUAGAUGUGUCUGUCCCUAAGGUAGAGGGUGACCUAAAAUGUCCCGAUGUUGACAUCAAGGGCCCCAAAGUGGACAUUGAGGCCCCAGAUGUGAACAUUCAAGGCCCAGAAGGGAAGUUCAAGAUGCCCAAGUUCAAGAUGCCCAAGUUCGGGAUGCCGGGAUUCAAAGCAGAAGGCCCAGAGGUGGACGUGAACCUCCCAAAGGGAGAUAUUGAUGUUUCUGGCCCAAAGGUGGAUGUGGAGAUGCCGAGUGUGGACAUUGAAGGUCCUGAGGGGAAACUGAAGGGCCCCAAGUUCAAGAUGCCCGAGAUGCACAUCAAGGCUCCCAAGAUCUCCAUGCCUGACAUUGACUUGAACCUGAAAGGUCCCAAAGUGAAGGGAGAUGUGGAUGUGUCUCUACCCAAGGUAGAAGGUGAAUUGAAGGGUCCCGAAAUAGACAUCCAAGGUCCCAAAGUUGAUGUUGAUCUUCCUGAUGUAGAGCUGGAAGGUCCCGAGGGGAAGCUGAAGGGCCCCAAGUUCAAGAUGCCUGAGAUGCACAUCAAGGCUCCCAAGUUCUCCAUGCCUGACGUUGACUUCAACCUGAAGGGACCCAAGCUAAAGGGCGACGUAGAUGUGUCUGUCCCUAAGGUAGAGGGUGACCUAAAAUGUCCCGAUGUUGACAUCAAGGGCCCCAAAGUGGACAUUGAGGCCCCAGACGUGAACAUUCAAGGCCCAGAAGGGAAGUUCAAGAUGCCCAAGUUCAAGAUGCCCAAGUUCGGGAUGCCGGGAUUCAAAGCAGAAGGUCCAGAGGUGGAUGUGAACCUCCCAAAGGGAGAUAUUGAUGUUUCUGGCCCAAAGGUGGAUGUGGAGAUGCCAAGUGUGGACAUUGAAGGUCCCGAGGGGAAGCUGAAGGGCCCCAAGUUCAAGAUGCCCGAGAUGCACAUCAAGGCUCCCAAGAUCUCCAUGCCCGACAUUGACUUGAACCUGAAAGGUCCCAAAGUGAAGGGAGAUGUGGACGUGUCUGUGCCAGGAGUUGAGUGUGAACUGAAGGGUCCAGAGGUCGACAUUGGGGGCCCUAAAUUAGACAUCGAUGCUCCCAGUGUUGAUGUUGAAGGUCCAGAGGGGAAAUUCAAGCUGCCCAAGUUCAAGAUGCCCAAGUUCUCCAUGCCGGGCUUCAAAGGGGAGGGAGUGGAUGUGGAUGUGAACAUCCCCAAGGGAGACCUUGACCUCUCAGGCCCCAGCUUAGAUGUGGAGGCUCCUGAUGUGGGUGUGGAUGGGAAAGUCAAAGGUCCCAAAUUCACCAUGCCCGAAAUGCACAUCAAGGCUCCCAAGGUCUCCCUCCCUGACGUUGACUUGAACAUCAAGGGCCCCCAGCUGAAGGGAGGGGUGGAUGUCUCUGGCCCCAGGCUUGAAGGGGACUUGAAAGCCCCCAAAAUCGACGUUGAGGUUCCCGAUGUGGCCAUUGAAGGUCCCGAGGGGAAGCUGAAGGGCCCCAAGUUCAAGAUGCCCGAGAUGCACAUCAGGGCUCCCCACAUCUCCAUGCCUGACAUCGACCUCAACCUGAAGGGCCCAAAGCUUGAGGGAGGUCUGAAGGGACCUGAAAUCGAUAUCAAGGGCCCCAAAGUAGAUCUCGAGGGUCCAGAAGUCAACGGCGAUGGCCUGGAGGGCAAAAUGAAGCUGCCUAAAAUGAAGCUGCCCAAGUUUGGCCUGAAAGGAGAAGGUCCUGAUGUAGACGUGAAUCUGCCAAAGGCAGAGGUGGAUGUCUCAGGCCCCAAGGUUGACAUCAGUGUCCCGGAUGUGAGCAUCGAAGGUCCAGAGGGCAAAGUGAAAGGUCCUAAACUGAAGAUGCCAGAAGUGCACAUGAACGUCCCCAAGAUCUCGAUGCCUGAGAUCGAUCUGAACUUGAAAGGCCACAAGACCAAGGGAGGUUUCGACCUCUCUACCCCAAAGCUCGAAGGGAACCUGAAAGGUCCCGACGUUGACAUCAAAGGCCCAGAGCUUGGGAUCAAAGGCCCUGAGGUUGAUGUUGAAUGUCCUGACCUGAGCAUUGAGGGCCCGGAGGCAAACGUGAAGGUCCCCAAGUUGAAGAAGUCAAAGUUUGGGUUCGGGAUGAAGAGCCCGAAGGCAGAAGUGAAGGUCCCGGGGGCCGACGUGGAUCUACCCGAGGCAGAGCUGAACGUGGAGGCACCGGACAUCAACCUCGCAGGCAAGGGCAAGAAGAGCAAGUUCAAGAUGCCCAAACUUCACAUGAGCGGCCCUAAAGUCAAAGGCAAGAAGGGGGGGUUCGACGUCAACGCGGCCGGGGGGGACCUCGACGUGGAUGUGAGCGUAUCGGGGCCGGAUGCAGCAGGCAAAGGGGAGGUGACGGUGAAGUCUCCCAAAGGGAAGAAGCCGAUGUUUGGGAAAAUCUCCUUCCCAGAUGUUGAGUUUGACCUCAAAUCGCACCGGUUCCGAGGAGACGCUUCCAUGGCAGCCCCCAAGAUCGAGGGGGAGCUCAAAGGGCCGGAGCUGGACGUGGCUGUGCCGGCGCUCAAAGGGGACCUGAAAGGUCCAAGUCUCAACGUGGACGUUGAAGCUCCUGAUGUGAGCGUGAAGAAGCCCAAGUUCAACCUCCCCAGUGGGCAGAUGGGAGCAGGGGGGUUGAAAAUGGAAGGAGCCUCCAUUGACGUUGGGGUUCCCUCAAUCCCAGUGCCAGACGUUGAGUUCAAUGGGAAAGGACCAAAGGGUGAGGUCAACGUUCCUGGAGCAGAACUGGAAGGUCCCGAAGGGAAACUGAAGGUGGGAACAACGGGUCUGGGUCUGGGAAUGCCGGAUGUGAACCUGGAUGUGUCCGUCCCAGCAAUGGAAGGAAGCCUGAGCCUCCCUUCGGCUGAUGCCAGCCUCCGAGGGGUGGAUGUGAAGCUCCAAGGGCCCCAAAUCUCUGGCCCUGAGUUUGAUGCAAACCUGAAAGGACCAAAGCUAAAGGGAGAUGUGGACGCUUCGAGUUCCCUGGAAGGGCCCAAGGUCAGCCUGGAUGCACCGGGAAUUGACCUGGGAGGCUUGGGAGGGAAACUGAAGCUGCCCAAGUUCAAGUCCCCAACGAUGGAGGGACCGGACCUGAAGGGAGGCAUCGAGGGCUCCAUGGAGGCAAAAGCCCCGGGGGCAAAUCUCAACCUGGGCACUGCAGGCGUUGACAUCAGAGGGCCCUCAAUGGAUGCUUCAGCCCCGGAUCUGGAUGUGAACCUGAAAGGACCAAAGUUGAAAGGAGACUUGGAUGUGCAAUGCCCCAAAGCACCGGUGGCUGCACCCGACACCGGCUUCGAGAUCCUGGGUGGCACCAUCAAGCUCCCAUCCCUCAAACUCCCCCAGUUCGGCCUUUCCGGCCCCAGUGUGGAUGGAGCCGAUGUUGGCAUCAGCCUCGAAGGUCCACAAGUGAAAGGAGGCCUGAAGGGCUCCGGGGCUGGCGUUGGGCUGGAAGGACCCAAUGUGGAAGUGAAAGGGCCUCAAGUUUCCCUCCCGGAUGCUGAGCUGAAGCUGAAAGGACCAAACCUGGAUGUCACCGGUGAGAUCAGAGCUCCAAAAGUCACCAUGGAAGCGCCUCAUGUGGGUACCAAAGAGCCCAGCGCUGGCGUCCACAUGGAUGCUCCGGCCAUGGAUGCGUCUGCACUGAAAGGGUCCGGGUUGAACGUCAACGUGAAAGGGCCAAAGCUCCACAUCAGCGGCUCAAAGGGAGGCGCUGGGGUCAACGUGGGUACCCCAGAACCCAGCCUGGGCAAAGUUUCCUUCCCCAAGCUGCGGAUGCCCAAGUUUGUGUUUUCCGACCCGGAGGUGAAGGGCAGGGAGAUGGGGGUGGACGUGGAGUUCCCCGAUGCCCCCAUCCAGGCCGGGGCCACGGAGCUGGAGCUGGAAGACGCCGACGUCCGCUUGAAGAAACCCAAGCUCAAGAUGCCCAAGUUCAACUUCUCCAAGCAGAAAGGGAAGAGCAGCGGGAGCCUGGGCUCCCCGGAGGCAUCGGGGUCCAGAGGGGACCUGAAGAGCUCCAAGGGCAGUUUGGGCUCAGCGGAAGGGGAGCUGGAUGGGGCCAAGGCCAAGUUCUCCUUGUUCAAGAGCAGGAAGCCGCGGCACCGAUCGUCGUCGUUCAGCGACGAGCGCUCGGCCCAUUCCCCACCAUUGGGAGCGCUGGAGCCGGAUACCGGUGACAAAGGCAAACAGGGCAGGAUGAAAUUCGGGACGUUCGGGGGUAUCGGCUCCAAAACCAAAGGCUCCUACGAGGUGACCGCCAGCGACGAGGAGCUGCCCAAGGCGCCCGGUGCCACCAAGAAGUCGCGGUUGUCGUCGUCCUCCAGCACCGACAGCGCAACCAAAGGCGGCUUCCGCAUGCCCGGCGUGGAGCUGACGGUGGCCAAGAGGAAGGAGCAGGCGGGCUGCACGUAGGGGCCGUUGUACAUAGGGAGCCCCGUAUGGGUCUGUAGAUACGUUUUGUAGCUCGGGC